AUGGUUGAGGGUGAAUCAAGCAAUGCAAGGGAAAGAAGGCUUAAGAUGCAAGCCGAUUUGAGAGGAUGGAUCAGAGGAUGGAAGAAUCUGAUGCAGAGGGAUAUGUCUACUCUGAGGAGACAGUCUGAGAGUGAGAGAUUGAGGGAAGAAAGGAGAACCAAGAAGAGGAAUGACCCUAUUAGUAGUGAGAGUGAGCAAGGGGAGUUUGAGAUUGGAGUGAACCUUGUUCAAGAGGAGGGAAAUGGUUCUCCAAAUGAAGAAGGAGUGAUGAGACUGAGAGUGAAGAGGAAGGAGAAGAGGUGA